UUUCCCGCUAAACAAUAUGGCGGAUUGUGUUCUCGAUGGAGAAAAACUUUGUGAGGUGUCUGGCGAAGUAAAAUGGUCGAAUGUGGAACGUUAUAGUUUAGAAUAUUGCCAUGGAUCAUUAGCUCUCUAUAAACUGAGUAACAGUUUUUAUAUACAUGGAAUUACAAAAGCAAAACGUGUGAAGUUCUCCUUGAAACCUGAUAAGUUUUCACUUCAAAGCCGCGAGUCCAGGUUGACAUUGUCUUUUACUGAGCGAGGCAAAUCAGCAGUUUCUAUGCACUUGAGAGAGGCAGAACCUAACCAACUACGAACAUUUUUAGAUUUCUUAAACAGCAUAAAGGCAUACAAUGCUACUUUUAAAGGUAAAUUACUUUCAUCCUCUUCAAAAGGGAAAGACAUAGAAAAUGCAGAGAACUUGCCCUUGAACAACACCCAUUCCAAUGUGUCCAUGCCCAGAAUGAAUUAUAAAUCACCUUUACGAAGAAACCUGCUCAGAUCAUCACCUUCUGGAAGGACAAACAAGCCAACCCCCAGUGUUCAGCGCAAUCUCCAUGCCAAGCAGAUGAAUCCACCUUCAUCAAACAGACCACCAAAUAAAACCCCUCUUGUGGAUAAAACAUUUGCAAGAGAUAAUCUCAGCAAUACAUCCAGUGGUGGGAAGUCAGUCACUUCAUUUUAUGGAUCACAAAAUUUAAUGCAGUCUCCAAGUAAUUGGAAAUCUGCCAAGAAUGUCAGGGGUCCAGGCUUGAUGCCUGCACCUCAAACAAUGCGUCUGACAAGUCAGAUAUCUUUCAGAUCCCGUGAGAAGCAUCUCUAUGAGAAAGACUUUGCAUUAACAGGCUUUUCAAACUUGGGGAAUACUUGCUACAUGAAUGCCAUUCUUCAGUCAUUACUUGGUGUGCCACCAUUUGUUCAGGAUCUUUCAAACAGAGCUUUGUUGGAAAAUGUUCAUCCACACUGUCUGUACAAAUGUCUUCAUAGUGUUCUAAUGUGCAAAAGAAAGUGUGGAAAUCUAGAGGUGCUUAAGAACUGUUUAAGGAAACUGAAGCGAACAAUCUCUGAAGCUGCAACACGUUUUUCAGGAUAUCAUCAACAUGAUGCUCAUGAGUUCCUUUGUCAGGUCUUCGAUCAGCUGAAGGAUGAUGUGAGCAAAUCUAACUCGCCAUCUCCCAAAGAUACCUCAAAAGAAAGUAACCCAAUGUUAGCAGAUUUACAAUGUCCUGUGACAAGAUCUUUUGAAAGUGGAGUGGUCCACACAGUCAUCUGUAAACAGUGUGGAGAAUCUGUUCCAAAAGAAGAGAUAUACCAUGCAUUUUCUCUUGACAUCCCAGUUCUGUGCAGUUCUUCAGACAUGUCUCCAUUUAGCUCAGCCAUCAGCAUGCAAACCUUGGUGGAGAAACACUUUGAGGAUGAACAGCUUGAGUACACAUGCGGCAAAUGUGAGUCUAAGGAAGCUGUUAUUUCACACAGUUUCAGUAGGCUUCCAAGAGUGCUGAUUCUGCACUUGAAGAGGUAUGGCUUUGACAACUUCACUGAAGAACAAGCAAAGAGGCAAGACAAGAUUAAAAUUGAAAGGUUCAUUAACCUCAGUAUGCUAUGCUCAACAAAAUCUACACCUCCUCUCACAUUCCAACCAAAGCCAUCGCUCAAAUUGAGUCCUUCUAAAUCAGGCCGUAAACCACAGAAACGCCACUUAAUCAGUGAAGAUGAUGAUGAGGAUUUCUGUCACUUUCAACCUUCUCCCUCUGUGAGGAGGAAACUAUCACAUUCCUUCUCAAAUGAAAAUUUCACAAGUGCUGCCAGAGAUACCCUGAUGAACACAAAAAAUUUCUCAGACGAUGAGAUGCAGGUCUUGGGUGUUUCCAAGCUAGAUAGGGUCACUGAAAAUGGAAGGUUUCAUGACCAGAUGGAUGAACAGAUACAUGAUUCUGAAAAAACUGAUGUCAAAGAUAUCACUAAAUUUGAUGGGAGUAGGAAUGCACCAUUACAUCAAUCACCAUUGAGGUAUAAAUCAGUCCUGGGGGAUACCGAAGAGGAGCAAAUGGAUUGGGCUUUGGCUGAAAGUGCUAAAUCAGCAGAGAAAGAAUCAACUGCAAAACAAGAAACAAAUGAAAAUGAUGCCAAAUGCAAUACUUCGGCCAUAGUUUUGAGCAAUGAUACAACAUCAAAUAUCAGCGAUGGUUAUUCCAACCUUGUUAGCUGUGUUACUGAUCAGCCAACAAUUGGUGAUAAAGAUGUCAUUGAAGUUGAAGGGGUGGAGAUCAAGCCUCAAUAUUGUACUCCAAUCUGGGAGGAUACAGAAGAGGAGCAGAUAAAAUGGGCUUUGGCUGAAAGUACCAAAUCUGCAGAAAAAGAAUCAAUGGCAAAAUUGAAUGGACUUGAACAAAAACCCAACACAGAUGCUGCUGAAUGCAAUACAGAAACGGAAGAUUUGAGUGAAGAUGCAACGUAUAAUUUUGACAGUGAUGAUUUUAAUCAAUUGAGUGAAAUUUCUGAUGAAGAUUUAGUUUUUAUGGCUCAGAACAGCAAAGCUGAAGGACCUGUUGGUUUAAAAGGAGGCGCUCCAAUCAAAAUGGCUACUCAAGAUAUUUCCCACGAUCUUGACAAUAGUUUGAAUGAUACUGGGGGAUACAAAAGCUGUGGGGAAGAUUCAAGCUUAGAAACUAGUGUAGACAAAGGAUUUGUCCUAAAAAACAGCACUCCUAAGAUUUGUAUCAAAAAAAGAACGAGUAGUUCCGUUCAGAAACGAAUGCUUCAAAGAAAUUUCAGCUUGAGUAAAACGCCCAUGCUAGGAAAAUUUGAGGGGGAUCUUUUUGAUGAUGAUCUUUUUGAUGAUGGUGUCAAAGAGAGUAACACUCCUGUAACCAAUGCCAUUGGUAAUGAGGUUGUAGGCAAGAGCAGCUGGGAGGUCCAAAGUUUUAGUGAUGAAGACAUCAAAAAGGCAAUCAACAUGAGCCUUCAAGACCAGACAGAAGAUGAAGAUCUGAAGAGGGCCUUGCAGCUGAGUUUGCAAGAUUUUGAAGGGCGGGACUUGAGAUCUGCCAAGGCUGUAUCACCAGCUGCAGUGGACCCUGAGAAUUUAACAGAGCCUACUUUUGAGGAUGACGAGGGAGAGCCCAAGCUGUCUACACACUCAUACAGACUGAUCAGUAUUGUCAGCCAUCUUGGCACAAGUUCUACUUCAGGACACUAUAUUUCAGAUGUGUAUGAUUGCAAAACCAAACAGUGGACAAGUUAUGAUGACUCUGCAGCAACAAAGGUUGCAGAACACUCAGUUCGCUACAAAAGACAACACAGUGGUUACAUUUUCUUUUAUUUAUACAAGCAGUGUGUGGAUGCCAUAGAUAAGGCAAGUCCAAGCAAAGAAAACUCUCAAAGAUAACAAGACAAAGUGGAUGAUAAAACAGCAGAAGUAUUUUUUUGUAGUUAUAGUAGUUUCAACAAUAGUUACUUGAAAAGUUCUGAUAGUACUUUGAUCCUCUCUGAUGACAUAACUUGUGAAAUUUAAUGACGAGUAGUAACUACCCUUUUCGUAGAAUGUCACACAACAAAAACCAACAUGGUCCAAUCUGCCAAUCAGACCAUAACUAAUGACCCCAAGAAUAGGGUGGGCAUUCAAAGUGAUGGGAAUUACAUAUUUUUGUAACCUUUCCUUUUCAUCUAGCCCUAAGAUUACUUUUUUCAGGGCAACCAACAAGGAGAAAAAUAGCAAAAAUAGACUUAAGAAAAAAAAAUUGAAAUAUUUUUUAUACCAUGUCAAAAAGAGAAAUCACUUUCAUUAUGCUAAUUUAUAUAUCUUAUUAGAUGUUUUGUUGUGUAGUAUCGCUGAGUAUUUUAUGAGUUGUGCCGUAUUUUGACGAGCC